GAAAGUUAGCAUCUCUCUCAGCACGGCGGGCGGGGCGUAGGUCCCCUAGAACUCCCAGCGUUCACCCUGGGUGCGUGCUCCCCGCCCUUUUCCCUGCCUUCCCGCCAGAUAUUUAAGUUUCAUUUCUCGCUCUGCCGGCUUCUCCUUCCUCGGCCUUUUCGCGAAGCCGACGCUCCCUGCUUUCGCCGAGUAGAGAGCGCCAGCCAUGGAUCCCCGGCGCGGAAAGGCCCCUCGGACAGCUUCAAAGGCCAGGGCGGCUACCUCCAAGGCUUCGGCUCAGGGAGUUAAGGGCCCCCGGCAGGAGCCCAGCGAAUCUUCGUCCGCCACUGGGGCUGCCCGGCCCAACGCACGGAAGCGCGGCGGCGUCGGGGCCUCAGGAUCCCUGCGGAACGGCACUCCGGGCUCCCCGGAGAGACUGCAGGUCCGCGCGCGGGGCGCCCGCGCCAGAAAGGCGCCUCUGGACGCCGAGGACGCGGUGGAGGGGCAGGCGGUUGCGGCGCCGAAGCUGGAGUCUCCGGCGGCGGGGCCGUCCCUCCCCAGGGCUAGUUCUCGCCGGAGGAGCGGCGCGCGCGCCGCCGGGGAGCGAAGACCCCCGCCAGAGCCCACGGAGGGCCCCGGCCUUGGCCCGCUGGUUUCAGCCCCGGGGGCGGCACCCGGCGCCUGGAAUCCCCGAGCGGUGCUAGAAAAAUUGAGGCUGAGGCGCCAGGAAAUCUCAUUGGCGGCGGACACUGUGAACGGGGUGGUGGACCGCCUGCUGCGAAGCUUGAAGCGCGGUGAUUCCGAGUUCAAAGAUGUCGCGCUGCUGCGCACCGGAAGCUACUAUGAGCAUGUGAAGGUUUCUGCUCCUAAUGAAUUUGAUAUUAUGUUCAAACUGGGGGUCCCCAGAAUUCAGCUAGAAGAGUAUCGCAACAGUGGUGCAUAUUACUUUGUGAAGUUCAAAAGAAAUCCUAAAGGAAAUCCUCUGAGUCCGUUUUUAGAAGGGGAAAUAUUAUCAGCUUCUAAGAUGCUGUGCAAGUUUAGGAAAAUCAUUAAGAAAGAAAUUGAAGACAUUGAAGAUGUCAUUGUCGAGAAGAAGAAGAAAGGGAGCCCUGCCAUAACGCUUCUUUUUAGAAAACCUAAAGAAAUAUCUGUGGAUAUAAUCCUGGCUUUGGAAGUAAACACCAGCUGGCCUGCUAGUACCAAGGAAGGCCUGCCUAUCGAGCACUGGCUUGGAACAAAAGUUAGAACCCGUCUAAGACAGCAGCCAUUUUACCUGGUACCCAAGAAUGCAAAGGAAGGAAAUGGCUUUCAAGAAGAAACAUGGCGACUAUCCUUCUCUCAUAUUGAAAAGGACAUUUUGAAAAGUCAUGGACAAUCUAAAACCUGCUGUGAAAUUAAUGGAGUGAAAUGUUGCAGGAAAGAUUGUCUAAAACUAAUGAAAUAUCUUUUAGAACAAUUGAAAAUAAAGUUUGAAAAACGAAAGGAACUGGAAGAAUUCUGCUCUUACCAUGUGAAAACCGCCUUCUUUCAUGUAUGUACUCAGGAGUCACAAGACAGUCACUGGCACACCAGAGACCUGGAGCUCUGCUUUGAUGACUGUGUGACAUACUUUCUUCAGUGCCUCAAGAUAGAACAUCUCGAGCAUUACUUUAUUCCUGGAUUUAAUCUAUUCUCUCGGGACCAAAUAGACAAAAUAAGUAAAGAAUUUCUGUCACAGGAAAUUGAAUAUGAAAGGAACAAUGGAUUUCCAGUUUUUCAUAAAUGUUGAAAUUAUAUUUUUAAAAAGAAUCAAUUAGAGUUUAUAAUAUUGAAAGAAAUUUAUCACAUCAGUGAUUAUUUAAAAUGAAUAUAAAUCAUUUAAUCCUCUGUUGUCCUAAUGAAUUCUAAUCAGUAUAAACAGAUUGAUUAUCCUAGGAAAGAGAUUAGUCAGGGAAUAAGAAGCAGGAGUGUUUACAAUCUAAGAAAACUUUACCAGACUGGAAUGAAAAGGACAAAAUACAUAUCGCCUGAAUUAAAUUCAUCAAGCAUUUACUAACACCACUUCCCACCUAGCACAAAUGUGUGGAAGGUUGCAAGAGACAACAUUAGAAAUGAUCAUUGCUUCCAUUAAAAUGGUAAUUUGUUCAAUGUUCAAAUAUAUUUAGAAGCAAUGUCCUGUCACAUGCCAGAAUCAGUAAGAAGGAAAUGAAAAGAUAAGUUCUACAUCAUCUCUGCAUGUCCUAGGAAAUCUAUGUCAUAACAAAAUAUAGAAUAAUACACAGGUAAAUAUAAAACAUGCAACUUACUUUAAUUUUUAGUAACACUUUUAUAUGUAUUUCUGAAAAGGUAAUAAAUGCACAUGUCCAAUAGUCAGAGAAACAGGUACUUCCAAACCUGAUAUUUCCAAAUGUUACCCUUUGUCCUCUGUGCUCACACAGCAUUCAACUUAGAAGUAGCCACUGUUUGUUAACUUUUUCCUAUUUGUAUAUUUUGCACAUUUUCUACUGGCAAUUUUACUAUAUUCUCAAUUUUUGUACAAAUUCUUAUAGUUAGGAUACUUAGGCAUUGUUGGUUGUCUGUGUAACAAAUAACUUGUCCCCUUGUGUGGAGUGUCUUUAGCAUUUUUGGUGUCAUUUAGUAAACAAAGUUUUAAAAUUUUAAUGUAGUUGAAUGAAUCAGUCUUCUCCUUUAUAGUCAGUCUGUGCAUUUUAUAGAUCCCGUUUAACAACCUACUACAUUUGAACAU